AUGAACUCAACUCUGUCAAACUCGAGCAACGUAACCAAUGGUUCACUGGCACCCAUUUUCCCUCCAGUGGCAAGUACUAUCGAAACUUCUUCGAAUCCAGUCUUGAGAUGGGCACUCCUGCUAGCUUACAGCGUGAUCUGCCUCAGCGGUGUUUGCGGUAACCUCAUGGUUAUCCUUGCCAGCCGUAAACCAGGAAUGGUCACCGUGAGUAACAUCUUAAUAGCAAACUUAGCGGUUGCAGACUUUACAGUUUGUUUUGUCAAUAUUCCCACUGUAGCUACUUACGGUUUUUUGGUCUACUGGCCUUUUGGCGCCUUUCUUUGCAAGCUAAUAUCCUUUCUUCAAGGCCUGACUCUCUCUGCCUCAGUCGGAACGCUAGUGGCCAUCGCCGGAGAACGAUACUGGCACAUUGUCUUGUACACAAGACGUAAGCUCACUAUCCGUGAAGCGAACAAAGCCGUCGCGGUUAUUUGGGCGACUUCUAUUUUCAUGCCUCUUCCACUGGCUGUGUUCAGUACUGUCACAAAGUUCAAGCAAGGAGAGAAAGAAUUUGCGGUCUGCAUCGAGGAAUGGCCAAGUGUUAAGUCGAGACAAUCAUAUACCGUGCUAGUGUUUUUGCUGUUGUAUCUCCUUCCCCUGCUUAUUAUUGCUAGCUUGUAUGCAAGGGUUGGUCGAUUCCUCAGAAGGUUGCCCACCGCACAACAAGGUGGGUAGACAUUUUUGUUAACGUUUUUUAAACAAACAAUGUUUGAACAAGUUGUGUAAUAGAGAUUAAAAUGUUUGAACAGCCACAACACCGUUAUGAAUAAAUCACUUCUUAGUCAUAACAGAACUAUGAAUUUUCUUAUGACCUUGAAAUGAAAACGCGCGAACAAAACAGAAACAAGAAACGAAUGGAAAUAGGGUGAUUUGUCACACUGCAACACGAUUGCCUAAUCGAACAAUGCCUUCUCCAUAUUAGGGUUUUGUUUGGCGGGAAAACGAACAGUCUAUGUUCUAAUCUUUUCAUCCAUUGGCUGAUAAACCAAAUAACGAACACUUACCGGAACCAUUUUUAAGGUCAUUAGAAAAUCGCUCUAACAAAAUGAACAAGACAGCCAUGACAGAGCCCCUUUAAAUUUUAGCAUCUGCAGCAGGUAAUAUUGUUCUUUUUUCUUGUUAGUGACGAAUCACGCACAGACGAAAGCCAUCAGAAUGCUUUCAACAGUGGUUUUUCUUUUUGCCAUCUGUUGGUUACCAUAUCACAUUGUCCUCAUGUACACUGAAUUGAGUUAUUCGAAACUAAGCCAAGCCCUCACCUCAGUCAUUCUUUUGGCACAGUGGUUGGUUUUCGCAAACAGCACCUUCAAUCCAUUUGUGUACGCGGUUCUUAACGAGAACUACAGGUGUAAGUUUAAGAUGUUGCUUCACCUGCGCAGGAGAAACAGAAGAAGAAACAACGUGAUAAUUCGUGUUCAAACGAUCAGGAAUGAGAACUUAAGGUGA